AUGACAAAGGAAUCGACUCUCACUUUUGAAGUUCAUUCUCCUUCCUCUCCAAUUAUUAUUCCUACAAGGAAGUCUACACCUUCUCGAAUGUCACCCAUUACAGGAAAUCCAAUUCUUGCCGAUAAAAUGUUAACUUCAAAAGAAUCUAGUCCUGAUUUAGCAACGUUGUCUUCGUCACCUGCACCGUUAAAUCCAAUAACAAAUAAAAACAAUAAUACUUUAGCUCCUUCACGCUUUCCUUCAUAUUCCUCAUCAUAUUCUUCACCCUCCUCUUCUACUACACGUUUAAUGACAAAAGGUUUUCAUUCCACAACAAGACUCCCAGAUACGAUUAACAUAAAAGAAUCUGAGCGGAUAGAAAAUUUUUCCGAAAGACCAAAAAGAAACACUAUGAAAAGGUCUUUAAGUUCUAAGGAGACUAAAAGUUUACAUUUUACGCCGACUUUUGUUCGAAAUCCUUUCAAUGACUGUGAAAUAUUUUCAUUGGAAUUGUCAAAUUCUGAUGAAUCUAAAUUGAGAACAAAUGAUUCAAAUUCCCUCAAUGACAAUGAAUCAAUUUCAUUAAGAGACAAAAAUAAGGAACGCAUUAACUAUACAAAAGAUAAUAAAUCGAACCAUAGAAAUAGUUGGGAUAUAAUUGAAUUAUUAGCAUUGGAUAAUUUCAGGAAUUGGAUAUUAUGUUUUUGUGUAAUAAAUUUCGAUUUGGAAUUAGGACAAGCGAUGGAUUUAAUGUACCCACCUUCAGAAUUGAUAGAUGAUGAAAAGAAAAAUAUUUGUUUUUCUGCAUUUCCAGAUUCAAAUUCAUUUGAUGUCGGAGAUACAGUGUUCAAUUUUCGCAUAAGAUGUUCACAGUCUGGAUUAGUUUCUUCAGGUCCAACAGCCGAUGCGGGAUUUUUAUAUGGUUAUGUUUUCUUUCGACAAAAGAAAGAUUCACGAAUAAGGCGUGGUUAUUUUCAGAAAUCUUUAGUUAUUUUAUCACAAUUUCCAUAUGUUGGACUUUUUUCGAAAAUGGUUUCUAUUCUUGGACCAACAUAUUUUGACGUAGGAAAACCUAUGCUUGAAGCUGCAUGUCAUGACAUUGCUAGCUGGAAAUCUCCAUUGCCAGGGAAUCAUUUUGACCUCCCGUUUUUGGGCAAUGUUUUACAAGUGGAGAUACCACAGUCAAAUAAACCACAACUUCUUGAAACGUGUCCUUUUGACAUGGCAAAUUAUCGACCAGAAACUCAAAUUCUUGCGUCAUUACCGCCAGUUACAAUGUUUACACAUUUUAGAGACAUGUUAAAAGAUUUAUGGUUAUGUUGGGAAUUGAUGCUAUUUGCAGAACCUAUUGUAUUAAUGGCACCGGAUCCGAAAAUAUGUAGCGAAAGUGUGAUAGAAUUGGUGGAUCUGAUUAAUCCGAUACCAUACUGUGGUGAUUAUCGUCCAUAUUUCACGAUUCAGGAUUCGGACUUCAAAUCUUUUGUAACGAAGAAUAAGCCUCCGUCAAAUAUAAUAAUUGGAGUGACAAACCCAUUCUUUACAAAAGCUCUACAGCAUUGGCCAAAUAUAAUCAGAGUCGGCAAAUCUAAAUCGAGAAAACAAUGUGAUUCAUCAUGGAAAAGAUUACAUGGUGUGACAAGUAAACGAAAAUCUGUCAUAGCUAAAGAUAAGGCUAUACUGAAAUUACUCGCAGAAGCAAUCGCUCGUGGAUAUCCGUCGGAUUAUUUACUGAAUAAUAUUUUGAGACGAUAUUUUGUCGAACUCACUGAAAAGUUUUUGGUACCACUUAACCGAUAUUUUUCUACAUUAAUACCAUUUCAUAUAACACUCUCUUCUUCACAGGAGCCUCCACAACUCAAACCUUUUAAAACCGACGUAUUUUUAAAAUCAUUACAAGAGCACGGGCCACAAAUUCCUUUUAAAUCAAAAAAUUUCCCACCCACAACUACGGACACUUAUUUAAAUUUUUACGCACAAUUUCUAAAGUGUGGUAAUUUUGCUACGUGGCUUAGACAACGUACCACGGAAGCACAAAAUGAGCUACGUAAACGCUACUUACAAGUAUUAUGUGAUGAUGAUGUAAAGAAAUGGAUGAUUGGUAAACAUGAAAUGGAAUUAGUGGAUUUAUUAGUAAGGGUAAAGGAUGAAUUGAGAUUGUCAAAUAAAAACGAUUCAUCAUCACAAAAGUCAUCAUCAACGCGAGACAAUAAUGGUGUACCACCAUCUAUACCUACGCCUAAGCAGCGUGAAAAGUUAAAAUUACAGGCAAAUAUCAUUAUAUCAGGACUAUCAAGAGAUUUAAGAGAGUCAUUAGCG